UCUUGUCAACAUAUACACGCAGAUGUGGAUAUGAAACACUCAGUUUUUUUUAUUAGAUUGUAUAGCUUUCGGGUUUAACGUAAUCAAAUUAAGGAUGAGAGGUGUUUGCCUUAAAGUUUUGUCUUUGUCCCUCUUGUUGUUUUUCGUAAAUCUGUGCGUGUCAGAGCGAUCCGAGAGGGAAAACAGGUUGAACCUGCACGAAAGAGCCGAGAGCAAACAGGGGAGUGUACAGGAAAAAACUCCAGAUAAAACCAAGGAGAAAAUUGAAAAUGAUGACAAAGUUUAUGAACCUGAUUCAAACGACUCAAAGAAGGAUGGACAGUCUGUCAGCAAGUCCAAUGACACCACUGAAGUCUUUAACAAUGAGACCCUCCACUCUACAACAACCGCCACCAAGCCUACUACACCAGCACCCCCAACCCCGAAGCCAAUUCUUCCCGUGCAGACAGGGGUCAAAGCUCAAGAGGAAGAGCAGUCCAGUGGGCUGACCAUAUUCUUCAGCCUGCUCGUUAUUGGUAUCUGCAUCAUAUUGGUGCACCUGCUUAUCAAGUUUAAGCUGCAUUUUCUUCCUGAAAGUGUGGCUGUUGUGUCCCUUGGGAUUCUAAUGGGAGGCUUCAUUAAGAUCAUUGAGUUCCAGGAACUGGCCAACUGGAAGGAGGAAGAAAUGUUCCGGCCCAACAUGUUCUUCCUUUUGCUUCUGCCGCCUAUCAUCUUUGAGUCUGGAUAUUCUUUACACAAGGGCAACUUCUUCCAGAAUAUUGGCUCCAUCACCCUCUUUGCUGUUAUUGGCACUGCCAUCUCUGCCUUCAUAGUUGGAGGAGGUAUCUAUUUCCUUGGUCAGGCUGAUGUGAUCUACAAGAUGACCAUGACUGAUAGCUUUGCCUUUGGCUCUCUAAUCUCAGCUGUGGACCCUGUAGCCACUAUUGCCAUAUUUAAUGCUCUCAACGUUGACCCAGUCCUCAACAUGCUGGUAUUUGGUGAGAGCAUCCUCAAUGACGCCGUCUCCAUUGUCCUAACCAACACAGCCGAGGGUUGUUUUUCACGCUCUGACAACUCCAUGGUAACAGGCUGGGAGACCUUUUUGCAAGCACUGGGUUAUUUCCUUAAAAUGUUCUUUGGUUCUGCUGCACUAGGAACUCUCACUGGACUUAUUUCAGCUGUUUUUCUGAAACACUUUGACCUGAGGAAGACGCCUUCACUGGAGUUUGGCAUGAUGAUCAUUUUCGCAUAUCUUCCCUACGGCCUGGCUGAGGGAAUCCAGCUGUCUGGAAUAAUGUCUAUUCUUUUUGCGGGGAUCGUCAUGUCUCACUACACCCAUAACAACCUGUCUCCUGUCACCCAAAUCCUCAUGCAGCACACACUGCGCACAGUGGCCUUCAUGUGUGAGACAUGCGUGUUCGCCUUCCUUGGUCUCUCCAUCUUCAGCUUCCCACAUAAAUUUGAAAUCUCUUUUGUCAUCUGGUGCAUUGUCCUGGUUCUUCUCGGCCGAGCGGUGAAUAUCUUCCCUCUGUCCUUUCUGCUGAACUUUUUCAGGGAUCACAAGAUCACGCCUAAAAUGAUGUUCAUCAUGUGGUUCAGUGGCCUGCGUGGUGCUAUUCCAUAUGCCUUGAGCCUUCAUUUGGGCCUGGAACCUAUUGAGAAGCGGCAGCUAAUUGGCACAACCACCAUCAUUAUUGUGCUCUUUACCAUCCUCCUACUUGGGGGUGGAACCAUGCCACUCAUCCGCAUCAUGGACAUUGAAGAUAGCCAGUCAAGGCGUAAGAACAAGAAGGAUGUCAAUCUCAGCAAAACACAGAAAAUGGGUAACACCAUAGAGUCAGAGCAUCUAUCAGAACUGACAGAAGAGGAGUAUGAGGCUCACAUCUACCAGAGACAAGAUCUGAAGGGCUUCAUGUGGCUUGAUGCUAAAUACCUUAACCCCUUCUUCACCCGCAGACUUACUCAGGAGGACCUGUUACGUGGCAGGAUCCAGAUGAAGACCCUAACAAACAAGUGGUACGAAGAAGUUCGGCAGGGACCAUCGGGGUCUGAGGAUGACGAAGAUGAAGCAGAACUCUUAUAAAUCCAUUAAUUUCAUAUGAAAACAAAGAACAGCGAGUCCUGGAUGCUAGAUGUGUCUGUCUGUGAAGACAAGCACACUUUUCACCCGUCAGUCACCUACAGCUCGUAUUUCUUCGCCUGCUACAAAGUUCAUGUUACAGAUGAAGUUAAGUCGCUGCCUGCGGCGGAUUCCUGAUGAAACUGGAAUGUGUGAAAUCAUCUUCCUGAUAAAAAGGGAUUUGAAAGUUGUAACACUGGAUGAAAAAAGAAAAUCUGUGAAAAAUUACAUUUGUUCUGAAUGCCAUAUUUCUAGUUGCUGAAGAACUGACUGGAUUAUCUGACUGUGCUUCCCUGUUUAGCUGAGCUGCACAUGGGAACCAUUCCCUGUUUCUUUUCUGAAAUUGUGACUCGAAAAGGAAAGCAGCCAAGAAACUAAUGUAAAUUUUCUUAUGUAAAGAAACACUGAUGCACUUCUGCCCUCUCUUGUUUUCACAUUUGUAUUUCUUAUAGCUUUUGGGGUUAAGCUCUGUUUAAGUCUGCUUGAAGUUUAACUGGGGAAUAACAACCAAUGCUGCUCAAGGCCAGAUUUUAAAAGUGGGAUAAGCCACAGGUUUGCAUAACUUUCUCUUUAGAUUUAAUUCUCUCUGUACCUACAUUUGUAUUCUUUAAUGGUUUUCAGUAAUUGUUAUAUAUUUUUUAAUUUAUUUAAAUUAAAAACCAUAUAUUCAUACAUAUGUAAUGAAGAUGAAAUAAAAUGAAGAAUGAGCUACCGCUGCACCCCUCAGUAAGAAGGCAGCUGAGACAGAGCUGAAACAAGAGAAACCUGGCCCAGGAAACUAAUCAUUUUCAACACGUUAAAAAGCUCAUUUACUGUGGAGUAAUAAGAAUCUAGAAAAUUGGAAUUUUUUUUUCAUUUCCAACUAUAGUUUCUCUGUUUAUUUUCACUGAAGAGUUUCUUGCCUCUACACUGUGUCUAAAGAGGGCCUUGAAACAUUUCUUAUGUGAUUUUUACCAUGGAAGGGAAGGCACAAAUGAAUGUCCUUUAAGUGUUUUCUUUUUCUUUAUUUAUAAAAUGUUCUUAAAUUGUUUGUGGGGUUUUGUAUAAGCUCUAUGUAAAAAGAAAAAAUAAUAUAUAAUGUAUUUCAUGAAGACAUCCUGCUUCACAGUAUAUUUUUAACACUUGUUAAAGCAUCUUAAAGUAUGUUUUUCCACAAAUAAACCUAAGUGAACUAAAGAA